AUGCAGGUCCCAGGCGCGGCGGGCCCCGCGGAGCCGGAGGCUGCCGCUGCGUGGCAGGCGCCGCUGAUCCUCGGAGGGGACUUCAACGCCCAGCUCUCGCCCCAGGUGGCCCGGGACACCCUCGAGAGCCACCCCGUGUUCGCCCGCGCGCGGGCCGAAGGCCGCGACGCCGACUUCCUGGAGUACAUGUCGAACGGGCACCGCUUUCUGCACGACCGCGGCUUCCGGGCGGCGUACUACCCGGCCGCCCCCGCGGCGGACAGUUUCGGGGAGUUUGUCAGGGGUGCGCCGCGCGUCAACGCGACGAGCGUCUUCGGCGGGGUGGUCGAUUGGAUCUACCUCCCCGCCAGCAUUGCGAGCGCCCGCCGGCCAUCGGCCGUGAGCAUCAUCGAUGCCAUCGGCACGGGCGUCUCGGACCACCAGGCCGUCCGCGCCUCGCUGCACAUGCCCUGCGCGCCUCUCGUGGGGGGGGAGCCCGAGCCCAGCAGCUCCCAGGUGAGCUUCUACGAGGGACUCGGGACGUCCGUGCCCACAAUGGUUGCGCACUGGGUGCUGUAUCCGAUACAGGUGAGGCAGACGAGGGAGGUGGCUGGGAGCGGUGCCGCGCAUCACGAAGCCGGAAUGCGCUCCAAGCUGCUUGCCACCUUUCGGAGCGUCCUCUUCCACGACCAGCCUGGCCGUGUGAUGUCUACGUUUGCCGUGGGAUUUUCGACAUUUACAUUCUGGUUUACUUUUUAUCUCAGGGGCCCGCAUACUUCGUCUCCGGGCACGUGA